GCCCGCUGAGUUGGUCGUUUCGGAAUCCCGAGACUUGAAACCCAACGGGAAGACCCUUCUCACCCUCAAAAGAAGAUGACAGCCCGCAGAGAGUUAACUUCUGUUUACAUGGAACUCAGACAUCUGCAAAUCAUGAUUUCAAGGCCAGAGAAUGGCAGGGGAACAGAAACCCUCAAGUAAUCUCCUGGAGCAGUUUAUUUUACUAGCCAAAGGUACCAGUGGCUCAGCCCUCACUGCUCUCAUAAGCCAGGUCUUAGAGGCUCCUGGAGUGUAUGUCUUUGGAGAACUUCUGGAGCUGGCCAACGUGCAGGAGCUUGCGGAAGGAGCUAAUGCUGCUUAUUUGCAGUUGUUGAACCUGUUUGCCUAUGGGACAUACCCAGAUUACAUAGCCAACAAGGAGAGCCUGCCAGAACUGAGCACAGCUCAGCAGAACAAGCUGAAGCAUCUUACCAUCGUGAGCUUGGCAUCAAGAAUGAAGUGUAUCCCCUACUCCGUGUUGCUGAAAGACCUGGAGAUGCGGAAUCUCCGGGAACUAGAAGACCUCAUCAUUGAGGCUGUCUACACUGACAUCAUCCAGGGCAAGCUGGACCAGCGAAACCAGCUGCUGGAAGUGGAUUUCUGCAUUGGCCGUGACAUCCGAAAGAAGGAUAUCAAUAAUAUUGUCAAGACCCUGCAUGAAUGGUGUGAUGGCUGUGAAGCAGUUCUACUGGGCAUCGAGCAGCAAGUUCUGAGAGCCAACCAGUACAAAGAGAACCACAACCGAACUCAGCAGCAGGUAGAAGCAGAGAUUGCUUGUUUUCAGAGGGAAAAACGUGAUGUCCCCCUCCUGAAUCUUAUAACAACAGCUUUCUUCUGGGAGAACUGGAUUUUGCUGUAUUAUUCAGGCUGGUCUUGAGCGCCUAACCUCAAGCUAUCCUCACACCUCUGGCUCCCUCUUUGUUGGGAUUACAGGCGUGAGCCACCAUGCCCAACCCACUUUUCUUUUUUUCUUUCUUUUUUUUUUUUUUUUGAGAUGGAAAUUCUCUCUGUUGCCUAGGCUGGAGUGCAGUGGCAUGAUCUUGGCUCACUACCGCAACCUCCGCCUCCUGGGUUCAAGCAAUUCUCAUGCUUCAGCCUCCUGAGUAGCUGGGAUUACAGGCGCCCGCCACCACACCCAGCUAAUUUUUGUAUUUUUAGUAGAGACAGGGUUUCGCAAUGUUGGCCAGGUUGUUCUCCACCUCCGGACCUCAAGUGAUCCGCCUGCCUCGGUCUCCCAAAGUGCUGAGAUUACAGGCCUGAGCCACCGCGCCCGGCCUCAUUUUUCUUUAUAUUUGGAUGUGCCUAUGUCUGAUGUUAGGUGGAAUGUUAAUUUAUAACUAUUGCUACAUUUACAAAGUAGGCUGUGUUCCAGUCAUGGAGGUCGUAAAGUGUAACUGGACAAAGUAAGCUCUGUUUUCCAUUAUGUAGAAAAUCUCCUAGGAGUUAGUGACAAUCUUGAGGUUUAUACAAUGCACCAAAAGUAUGCUUCCUGGUACCUCUUGGAAAGGGACUCUCCAUCACCCAGUUUCUCUUUUUCUUUGUAGCACUUUACCAGUUGUGCACUGCGUUUCCUCUCGUCUGCCUUUGCUUUGCCCCUCAACUGAUGGAAGGUUUCCUGCCCCAGAAAGCUCUUUCUCCUUUUGCCUAAAUAUUUAAGGUCUCUGAUGGAGCUAGGCUGCAUUUUUGCUAGCAGUGCAAUCUUACUUGAAAAUUUCUGAGGUUCAUGUUUUGAGGAACCUGUAAGCCAGGCCACUGGAGGAAGAAAGUCAUAAGGAACUCUGCCAAAUUUAGGUAAAAGAAGACAAGUCUGUGGUGAUGAUAUUUGUUGUCAGUUGAAGGGUGGCUCUGUGGAAGAGGAAUUGGAAUUCUUAAGAAAGUCUGCGAGACCAGAAUGGGUUUAAUUGGUUGACCUACCUGGGUGGCCAAUUUGGAGUCCUAGAAGGAGCUGUCAACGGUUACAACUGCCCAGCUACUGGAAGAAGCUAGUUGAAUUUUAAGAUCCCCUUCCACUAGGAGAGGCUGUCAGUGCUUCAGAAGUCUCGUUUGUGAGUUGUGUGUUGUAAAUGCAGUGGUAAAGCUGACUUGAGCAAAGUGUCUCUGUAAUGGAUCCCAGUGUGAGGGCCAUGGCCCUGCCCCAGCCCAGGCCAGGCCUUUGUGGAGGAUAAAAGGCUCAUUUCCUAGGCUUAGAGACACUUGCCCAAGAAGCCCUCUUUUCCUCUGCAGGAUGUUUACAUUUUGCCUCAAAGUGGUAACGACUGUAGAGGACUUAGAUUUGUCAGCAGUCUUAUUGGAGAAGCGAGGUGUGUGCAUCUGAAACACAAAGGAGAUGCAGUGGUGUGGGAGGCCAUCGAAGAGUGAGAGGCACUGCCAGGCAAGUACAGAUUGAAGGGUGGCAGAUCAGUGUGGGCUGCAGCAGUCAGGGCAGUUUGUAUGGACCAGGUGCUCAACUCUCCAGGCAGGAUCAGAGGGGCAACCUGGGGAGGAGCGGUACCCCCCAGGGUGCAUGAACAACAGAAGGGCAUAGGGGGAAUGACUGCUUCCAAGUGUGGUGUGGGGGACGAGUGUGGCUGAGAUGGCUUGAGUGCAGGGCAUGUGUUGAGGAGUGGGAAGGAAGGUACCUGAUCUUGGUAUUUCAGAACUAGAGAAAAAAACAAGUUUUUCCCUGGGCCAAGUCUUAUUUCUUUUUAUUGCAUGUCAGGGUUACUGAGCCCCUAAAAAAGCUGAAUGAGAGCAGUUUCUACAGGAGAAAAUGGCUUGAGGAAGUAAAUAGGCAUCUGAAUAACAGGGGAAAGUGUCCAUGCUUCUGUCUACUUAUUUGUUCAAAAGCUUUUGACAAGAUCUUGAAUCUCAAAGGCUUUUAAAUAGAAUUGAGUCACCAUGAGAGAGGGAGGCUGCAUUAUGGUAGGGAGUGGCAGUACAGAAAUGAAGCAGAGGGUAAGCCCUUCUGUGACUGCAGAAGGAUGAUGCGCGGGCUCCCUCAGGACCAGAGUGAGAACCGUGAGUUUGUGGCUUUGUGAAGGAGACGCAUUGGAAGUGUUGAGCUUUGAAAAGAAAAAGUAAAACAGCAAAGCCUUGGGAGUCAGUUGAACUGGUCAGUUGCUGAGAGGCUGGCAGUGGAGCGUUGCCGUUGGUGGAUAUGCCACAGGCAGAGUUUGCUCCUUGGCUGGCAGGUCAGGGACUCAUCACUCAGCCCAGCCAUAGAUACUCUGAGUCCAAAGCCGGCCCAAAUCACCUUGGGCCACUCUAAAGAGAGAAAUAAAUGCCGGUUGUCACUUCCUGAUAGACUGAUAAUGACUUUACGCUACAAAAACAUAGGUGAAGCGGAUUGAAAAUAUAACCAUUAUUUGGGGAUUGAUUAAUGCCUUUUCCUUACUCAUGCAGGGGUUAUGAGACUGUCAGUAAAUCUAAGACAUGUUAAAUAAUGUAGAAAACUAUUUGUAGUAUAAGCUGAUUUUUUUUUUUUUUUUUUUGAGACGGAGUCUGGCUCUGUAGCCCAGGCAGGAGUGCAGUGGCGCGAUCUUGGCUCACUGCAAGCUCUGCCUCCCGGGUUCACGCCAUUCUCCUGCCUCAGCCUCCCGAGUAGCUGGGACUACAGGUGCCCGCCACGUCACCCGGCUAAUUUUUUAUAUUUUUAGUAGAGACGGGGUUUCACCGUGUUAGCCAGGAUGGUCUCGAUCUCCUGACCUCGUGAUCCGCCUGCCUCAGCCUCCCAAAGUGCUGGGAUUACAGGCGUGAGCCACUGUGCCUGGCCUAAGCUGAUUGUUUAGUAAAAAUUAUUACACAAAUAACUUGAGGAAAUAAGGCUAAAUAGUGCUUAUCAGACAAGAUGAAAUUAGGAAUUUUUUUUGGUUUUGUUUUUUUAAUUUUUAAUAAAGCUAUUUUGCCAAAUGGGAAAGGUAAUUAUUUGCUUGGAAAGAUACCCCAUUUUGGAAAUACAGUCCUUGAAACAAAAACUUGUCAGUUUUCUAAUGUCUUACUUGAUUAAAAUUUUGUCAGCUUUUGGGGAAACCUUAAAACACAUUCCCUCAGGUAAUGUUAAAUUGCAGGAUCUUCUUUGGAAGUUAGAGGUAACUGACAUGCAAAUAAAUAAACUAAAGUCAUGCCGUUACCUCUUAUUAUGAUUUUAGUUCAUUUUCUUCUGGAUAUUUAGAAAAUAUAUCAAAUUGGAGAAGCCUUAGAAUGUUAUUUUAUAAAGCAGUAUUCCCUGAGAAGUCAAAUUUCUUAAUUUUUCCUCCAAUGUCAUCAAAAUAUGCCUUAGCUGGGCAUGAUAGUAUGUGUCUGUAGUCCCAGCUACUUAGGAGGCUGAGGCAGGCAAAUUCGUUCAUGCCAGAAGUUUGAGGCCAGCCUGGGCAACAUAGCAAGAUCCCAUUUCUAUUUUUUAAAAAAAGUCUUAAAUAAUAUUUCUUUUAUCAGAGAAAGAGUGAUAAGCCAUUGACUUGCUCCAGAUCAUUCACUCACCACCUUGCCAGGUGACUCACUGAAUGAGAUACACCAAAGUGGCAGUGAGCCACUGGGAGGGCGAGAUGCCUCAGGGUUCUGGGUUCCCAGAUUGUGUUUUGUUGUCUGGCAGGACACUGGAUAAACCCAGAGUUGAUUCCCCUCCCUGUUUAUUUAUAUAUAUAUAUAAAUAUAAAUAUAUAUAUAAUAUAAAUAAUAUA